UUGCAGAAUGGUGUAGAUCACUUAUAUCAUAAACAAAUCCCUGUAAAUCGUCAACACGUGAUUAAUAAUACAAAUGAUGGAAACUACCGUGGUUAUCGCUAUAGUAGCAGUAAUAAUGGCUGUGGUUGUCGUGGAACUAUAAGUGGUAGUGAUUCGGAAAAUUUUAAUAUUACAGCUACAUAUCGUCGUCGAUCAAAAAUUUAUAAUAAUCAGUCAAUUGAUUGCUCGAAAAAUAUAUCAAAUAUCGACAAUUAUAUACUACCUAAAACGAAUGGUGCCUGUAAAUAUAGGAGUGGUAGCGGUGAGGUGGGUUCAGCUUCAGCUGAUAGCAUCGCUUCUGAAGAUUUAUUGUCAAGUCCAGCGAUUGAUCUUGUACUAGAUUAUUCACAAACUAUAGAAAAAAAUGAUGUGACGCUGAUGACUGAUCAAAUUCCUGCUUGCUCUAUCGACAUUCGACUUGAGAUAAAAUCUGAUGAUAUAAAAUCUGAUUAUGUUGUACUCGAUUCUCGCUUUAUUUAUGUUUUAGAUGUUUGUAAAGAUGUAAUUAUACAUAUUUGUAAUAUGAAAAGAUGGCAAAGGAUUGAAGCUAUCGCAGAUUUAGUGCAUUGUUUAACUCCAAAUGAACAGAGAUUCUUCGGCAGUUGUAUUGAAGCUGCAGUUCGUCCAAUAUCAUCAUAUGCUCGGCAAAAUGCAGAGAAAUUCAAUCAGUCGUCUUUCAUCGAAAAACUUAUAGAAAGAGAGAGUUAUGAGAAUCUAAUUAAUCAUGCAUUUUCAAUUAUUAGUCUAAUAAAUUCAUCCAAUCGCCGUUCAGCUCACGCUUUUCACAGUUUAUUGAAACAACUGAUAGCUGAUUUUGAUGAAGCCACAAAAAAUUUUUCAAAAGCGAAGAAAGAUGAAAUUAUUGAUAAGCUGCAGCUUAUUGUUUCCACAGCUUUAAAUCACCCGGCCUAUCGAUUAGAAAAUAAAGUAGAACUGCGUUUUAUUCGUGAUAAAUUUUUCACUUAUGAUUCGCCGCAGUGUAUUUCUCAGGAUGACCAGGCAUUCACACCAACAACAUCAUCUGAAGAUAUCCCCAUAGUCAUAUCUCGAUUAGACAUUUCUGAUAUAGACAAAGCUCAAAAUGACGUAUAUUCCAUCAAGGCUGAAUGGAGCGAUAAUCGAAUAUCAUAUCUUUUAAAAACUGCUGAUCAAAUUUCUGAACUGCAUAAUAAAUUGCUUGACCAAUUUCCAAAUGAAGCUGGUAUGAAAACAGAAAUUCCUCGUUUACUGCCAUAUUUAAAUCGAUCUCAUCCAAAGUCAAUCUUGACAUAUAUUCGUGCAUUACCCGAUCUGCCAGCUCGAGUUCUUGUUUCGCAAAUAUUUCGAGAUUUCUUUUACCAUUCACGACUUGAUUCUUCUAGUUUGACAAGUCCUCCACAAUCUUUGCUGCUUUCAAAUACACCAUCCGAUAAACCUUUUACGAAUACAUCUCAGUCUUUAGACUUUUCAAGCAAGACAGAUUUACUGUAUCAUUCUACGAGCACGUUUGGUCUGCAAAAUUGCAAUUUUUCACCUUUGUCUGUUCCGGUCACGAGUAUCGCCCCUUCAAAUAAUAUUAUUCUUUGUGCCACUCCACUUCAUGUCACUACUAUACCUCCACAGAGAACAAAUAUUAUUCCUGUUACUCAGCCUUUGCAAUUUCCAUCAGCUGCUUACAAUUAUAUGCAUUUAUUGACUUUGUCAACGAAUGUUAAUGGUGUCGCAUGCUAUAACUGUGCAGCCGAUCAUCAUGGAAUAUGUUGUCCAAAACCACAUUAUUCAGAGAUCGUUGCCUCUGGUAAACAUUUUCUGCACAUUAUUUUUUACUGCGAUUAUAAAUUGGAUUACGAUAAUGCGGUUAAUAGUGAACAGUUAGCUAGUGAUGGAACCAGUGUGCUUGCUAUCAGUUCAACUAGUCCAUUGCCAUCACGUUCUCAGUCAUUUUCUUCACCUCCUCCUCCUUCAUCAUCUUGCUAA